GCAUCUCGUCGCGUUGCUACGGUAUUUCCACUUCCCUGCCACGGUCUGCCGUGAGUAGAAGGGUCCGCAGUAUCAGAUAUCCAAACUGUGCCUGCGCGAAGUUGGUCCAGUGAAGUCUGUUACUGUCUGUUGUGGAGGCGGUAAUCGAGCUUGCUUCCGUUGUGAGAAUAUUCUAUGGACGAUGUUUAUGCCAUGGCUGCUGACUCCGUCCGUGUUUUAAACAAUCUCUCGCCGACUUUCGAUUGAUACCAAGGCUGCGGAUAUUCCUGCUCGGCCUGCAGAACUCCGCGCUGUGGACAUUUUUCUUCUACAAUCUCGAUGGCAACACGAUGCCUGACGGCCCCCGCACGAGCGCUGUGGACAUGACAGUUGUUAUAUAAGACCAGGGCCAACACUUCGCCCCUCCAUACUCGUUUUCUUUUCAUCUUAAAAAGCCAUUGCAUCACUGUCUUUUCUCAUGAAUUCAACGACUCAUCUCAACAAAGUCGCUACUGCGACAGGCAGUCCGUACCACUACACUCCGACGAAGGCGAUUUGCAUCCUCUUCGCUAUCCUUUUCUCGGUCUCGACUUCAUGGCAUGCGUUUUACGGGAUUCGAUACCGCCUCUGGUGGAUAUUCCCAACGAUCUUCCUGGCAGGCGGUGGGGAGAUCGCGGGAUGGGUCGGGCGGACAAUGUCGAGCUUCGAUGUGACCAACCGUACAGGGUUUAUGAUACAAAUUGUCUGUCUUAUCAUUGCCCCGACGCCCCUUCUGGCUUCCAUCUUUAUAAUCUUCUCGAGCUUGACGCAGAAGAUUGGGACAUGGUAUAGUCGUCUGUCCCCUCGCCUUUGUAUGUUCUUGGCUCUUGACAUUGUAGCGCUACUGAUCCAGGGUGGUGGUGGAGGCAUCGCCGCGGGGGCUAAUACGGACUCUCAACAGAAGCUGGGCAGCAAUGUCAUGCUCAUUGGAAUCAUCUUCCAGACGGUGGCCAUGGUGGUAUUCAUGCUUCUAGCCAUCGAGUUCUUCACUCGCUACGCUCUGAAUAAGCCCGUGCGCAAGAACUCGGGUGGCCAUGGCCAAGAUUCGUACAGCAGGUCGGCGCUGCACCCUAAACUGAAGCUGAUGUCAAUCGGGCUCAGCGUUGCGACGCUGUUCCUCUUCGUUCGAGCAAUUUACCGCCUCUUUGAGCUCGCCGGUGGUUGGAACGGGCGCAUCAAUUCCACGCAGUGGUACUUCAACCUCUUUGACGGGACCAUGGUCGUACUGUCCAUGUACACCUUGAACUUCUUCAACCCUGGUCCCCUGCUAUUUUCGGUCCCGGAGGUUACAAGCUCGCAAGGCAGUCAAGAGAAGCUGGCCUACGCCACUAGCGAAUCGUCUCCCAUGCAACAGGUAUAGACUGUGGUGCAGGGUCUAGGCUUCAUUUUAGGAUGUUUUAGAAUGCUUUUGAAGCUGAGCUUCUCCGUCAGCAGGACUUCACGCUCUUUACUUAGGGCCGCAUGCCAAGGUUGGCGGUUCAACGGACUCGUAGUACAUUAUUAUCUCAUCGCCCUCCGGCUUACUAUUUUGGUGUUGUUUUUGCAGAGCUGUGUCAGACACGGACUUCUUCAGCGGACGCAUAUGUAUCGUUCUGAACCAUAUUGCUCGGCACUGAUCAGCCACUAUACUUGCCUCAUGUACACGCUGUUUGUUCUUGGUGGAGACCUGGAGGAUCUGAUUGUAUGCCGACUCUGGAUGGCUAUCCUCUCGGUGUAACAUGUUAAGAAAGAAAAA